AUGGAUCCAUCAGUUAUUGCACAGCUCAUGGAUAUUCUUCGUGUCAAUCCAUAUUCUAGAUUUUUUCGCUCUCUUGGAGAUUUACCAAGUUUGGAAUGUCAAAAAAUAUGCAUUAGAUCAGAUCCUGGUUUAGAUCAACGUGUAUAUAAUGCUCCUACAUCAUCAGAAGUUGCAGCAAUUUGGGUUGAAGAUGAUACUCUAGAUCAAAUAACACCUCGAGACAUCUUUGUUUACAACCAUGUUGGUGGAAGUCACAUUGUUCAAUAUUACUAUGGAUGUUAUGAUCCACUUCAGUAUCCAUUGUUGUUUCCUUUUGGUGAUAUUGGAUGGCAUCAAGUGUUUAGAAGAAAAAGAAAAGAUUCAUUUGUUUCAUGCCGCGAAUACUAUUGUUAUAAGUUACAAAUCAGGGAAAAUAUCAAUUCUAUUCUUCUGGUCUCUGGCCGAUUGCUUCAACAAUUUGUUGUUGAUAUGUAUAUUAAAAUUGAGACGUCAAGAUUAGAUUAUUUUCGUAGCAAUCAGCAACACAUUCGAUCUGAAUUAUAUCAAGGCAUUGUGGAUAGCAUCAGUGUUGGAGAAACAAAUGCUUCUAGAAUUGGAAAGCGAAUAAUUUUACCAUCAUCUUUUAUUGGAGGUCCAAGGGAUAUGCAAAAAAGAUAUAUGGAGGCAAUGACUUUAGUUCAAAGGUAUGGCAAACCAGAUAUCUUUCUGACAAUUACAUGCAACCCAAAUUGGAAAGAAAUCUCUGCUGAAUUGAAACCACAUGAAGAAACUCAAAAUCGUCCUGAUUUAAUUGCCCGAGUCUUCAAAGCAAAGUUAGAAGAAUUGAAGGAUCAAUUAUUCAAGUGGGAAAUAUUUGGAAAAGUUUCAGCAUAUGUUUAUGUUAUUGAACAUCAGAAAAGAGGACUUCCCCAUGCACAUUUUUUGAUCAUCCUACGUCGAGAUUGGAAAUUAUAUGCACCUGAAUCUUUUGAUCAAAUUGUUUCUGCAGAAUUACCUGACAAAAACAAGAACUUACAUCUUUAUACAGCUGUUACAAAGCAUAUGAUGCAUGGACCGUGUGGAAUUUUGAAUCCUGCAAAUGUCUGCAUGAAAAGGAAUGGUCAUUGCAAAAAUAGUUACCCAAGACAAUUUGUCAGAAAUACAACUAUUGGAAAUGAUUGUUUUCCAAUAUACAGACGAGCUGAUGACAAAAAAGUAGUCAAAAUCAGAGGUCAUGAUUUGGAUAAUCGAUAG